AGUAGAGAAUUCUUCCGCAUCAGCUGUGAUGGUGCAGACAAGGGGCUCAGGUGCAGCUGCUGAGGGACAGGAGUAUGCAGUAGCAACGCUAAUGUGCCACUGAAAGGAUUGCUUCUCAAGCACAAUGAAGGUGCCAGACUCCUUACUAAAUCACGAGAUUGCUGCAUAAUUCUGUCAGCAUUCCUUUUCGCAAGUCCGUAGCAGUGAUUAAUGUAUAUGGAAGGCUGAGGAUUUCAAAUUGUGCAGGAAUACAGCUUGCACUGCUAUUUUUGCCCACUUCGCUUACUUAUCAAUUGAUUUCCCGAUGCUCUCGGUACUUCAGAAGACUUCAACGGGAGAAGAAAUGUAACAUGUAGAGAUCAGUGUGAGAGGCUUGUGCAUUUCUUCCAGGGCUCAUCGUCUUUUCCCGCUCUUCAUACAAUAGCUCUGAAUGAACAGCUGGAAGCAGUACACUGGAGGGAGCUCGUCAACAGCAUUGCAAUACUGAGGUGUGUCAGCAGUCCGCUGUUGCUGAGGAGGCAUGUGCGGCUGUUAAACGCUGACUGCAGAGACCAACAAGAGCAGCAGAGUGAGCCGGAGGAGCGGAACGAGCCGCAGAAACAGCAGCAGCAGUAACAGAUGCCUUGCCAGCGAUCUGCAGUCACUGUGGACUGUAGCCCACACCCAUCUGUGUCAUGAACCACUCCACGACUGAAUGGAAUUCCAGGAACCUGAGCAAUACCUCAGCCAACUUAUCCAAUCACCACGCUUGCCCUCUCGGCUUUGGCUACAACGACAUGGUUGAUGUAUGUGUUUUGGAGACUGUGAUUAUUGUGCUGUUGACAGCCCUGAUCAUCGUGGGGAAUCUGACAGUCAUCUUUGUGUUCCACUGUGCCCCUCUCCUUCACCACUACACCACCAGUUAUUUCAUCCAGACGAUGGCCUAUGCCGACCUGCUGGUAGGGGUAAGCUGUUUGGUUCCUGCUCUCUCCCUCCUUCACUACUCCACAGGUAUGCAAGAGUCCCUGACCUGCCAGGUGUUUGGGUACAUCAUUUCAGUGUUGAAAAGCGUUUCUAUGGCAUGCCUGGCGUGCAUCAGUAUUGACCGCUACCUUGCCAUAACCAAACCAUUGUCCUACAGCCAACUGGUAACUCCAUGCCGCCUCAGGAUCUGUAUCAUUCUUAUAUGGAUUUACUCUGGGACAGUGUUCUUGCCCUCAUUCUUUGGAUGGGAGAAACCUGGAUAUCAUGGAGACAUCUUUGAAUGGUGCGCCACCUUUUGGGAAACUAAUGCGUACUUCACAGGCUUUAUAGUCUGCUUGUUAUAUGCCCCAGCAGCCUUCAUUAUCUGUUUCACCUACUUCCACAUAUUUAAAAUCUGCCGGCAACACACCAAAGAAAUCAACGAACGCCGUGCCCGAUUCCCUAGCCAGGAGGUGGAAUCUGCUGAAGGCAGCCCCAGCCCCGACCGGCGCUAUGCAAUGGUCCUGUUUCGGAUUACAAGUGUUUUCUACGUGCUGUGGCUUCCCUACAUUGUUUAUUUCCUGCUAGAGAGCUCACGUGUGCUGGAAAGCCCUUCACUGUCCUUUGUGACGACUUGGCUGGCCAUCAGCAACAGCUUCUGCAAUUGCCUCAUCUACAACCUCUCAAACAGCGUCUUCAGGCUGGGAUUACGGAGACUAUGGGAGACUCUCUGCUCACUGAGCAGGUGUUUUGGUGAUGAAUCUCAGCGAGAUCCCAUACCCAGGAAAAGAGCUCAUUCCUGCUCCAUAUGAUGAUUCACCUAUCUGGAGGAGAUACACCAGUAUGGCAUUCUGUAUGGUCUUGCACCUUUACGUGAAGACGUGUAAAAGAGCAAAGACAUCAAUGACCAAAGGGCUCCUCGGAAAUGUGGAAUUUAUGCCCUCCACCUGUUUUGUCAUUUGGUUAGGACAUUGCUUAACAUCAUCCGUCCUCUUUGGUUCUGUACCCAUAAUAUUCAAAAUGGUUCUGUAACCUUUAGUAUCUGCCCUAGACAAAGUAGCAAUAUAUUUUGAAAUUUUCAAUUGAACCUCAGAUUUUGGUGUAAAGUUCUAGACAUCUACUACUCCAAAUAGGGUGAAAGCCUCCUAAUGUUUUCACAGUUUGGAAAUGCAGUGAAACUCAAUUGAUGUUUUAACCACUGAAAGCCCUCAGCUCCAUUCUUAGAGUAACUGACUGGUUAGUGGAUUGCAUUUACUGCAUUGUAAUAAAGAAUAGAAAAGCUGAGGAGUGAAGUCAGUUUUGUGAAGAGUGCACACUGUGACAUUCUAUCAAUUGUUCACUGUCUGGUCAUUGGGAGUAUGGCGCAGUAAUUUGUACAUCUUUCUGUAGGAACAUUAGCACUUUUACUGGAUGUGCCAUCUUCUGUGGUAGGCAGCAGUUCUUUAUAAUAUUUCAGUGUCAGCUUGCAGAUGUACUGGUGGAGUUUAUUCUUUGUCUGCAUCUGAUGUACUUUUACAUGUUCAGUAGUUCAAGGUGAACUGUUUCAAUUUGAGCAGGAAUUGAAUUCAUUUUCAAAUUUAAACACUAAAAGUAAUUAAAAGCAUACAGUGCAGUUAACCAUUAUUAUCCCAAAAGAUGCUACUCGUCAUUGUGUCUGCAACAAUGACUUGGCUCGUACAGUCUGUGGUUCUGGCACAGUUGAGGAGAGCUUAGUGAACGAAAGUGUUACAAAUGCCCACCUGGCUUGCUCAUUUCAUUGGCAUCGAGAUUAAUUAUUUAGAGAGUUAA